GAGUGUAGUCAGCAGUGUAAUUGCAAUCUUCCUUCUUGUUCAUCCCAGGGUUGGCCGACUACACGCGUGAAAAUACUUUUUUUUCCCAACAUGGAAACAUUCUGCUGUAGGUCUAUUCUGCUUGCAUUCGAGAGACACUCGUUUUGGGAUUAGGAUUUGGUAGAGCGAGAGAGAUGGCUUCGCGAUCCAGCAACUGGAAUUGUCAGCAGCAGAGGUAGAGUGUCUCUUGCACUCGCCCAACGGUCGAUUUUGCUGUCUGUUGCACGAUGAGCGUAGCUCUGCAAGAUUUGCGGAACAACAUGUCCAGCUACAAGCGUGCAACAUUUGAGGAGGAGGCGACAGACAACCCAGCUGAUGGGAGCAUGUCUCCGGACAGUGUGGAGGUUGGCUUUCGGAAGGGCGGCAUCCAGCUCCUCGGCCCUAUGGGCAGGAGGACUCAAAUGGAGGUAGUGCUGGCUGGUGUGCUGCUCUGCUCUCUACUCGCCCUGUUCGGAUGUGCUGUCACGCUGGGCAUGCGCUACAACACAGACCCAGCGCGAAGCCUGUGUCUGACUGAGGCCUGUAUUACGGUGGCCAGUAAGAUCGUAGAGGCCCUGGACCGCAGCGCUAACCCCUGCCAUGACUUCUACCAGUACGCCUGCGGGGGCUGGGUACGCAAGAACCCCCUCCCUGAUGGACGCUCUCGCUGGAGCACCUUCAACAGCAUCUGGGACCAGAACCAGGCUCUCCUCAAACACCUGCUGGAGAAUGGCACAUUCAACUCCAGCAGUGACGCCGAGAAGAAGACCCAGUUCUACUACCUGUCCUGCCUCAACGAGCAGCAUAUCGAGGAGCUGGGAGCCAUGCCUCUCAUUGACCUCAUUGCACAGACAGGGGGCUGGAACAUAACGGGGCCCUGGGAGAAGGACAACUUUAUGGAGGUGCUGAAGACAGUGUCGGGCCCCUACCGUGCCCAGCCCUUCUUCACCAUCGGAGUCAGCGUGGACCCCAAGAACUCCAACAGUAACGUCAUCCAGGUGGACCAAUCAGGGCUGUUCCUCCCCUCGCGGGACUAUUACCUCAACAAGACAGCCAAUGAAAAGGUGUUGAAGGCGUAUCUGGACUACAUGGUGGAGCUGAGCCUGCUGUUGGGGGGGGAUAAGAACUCCACACAAAGCCAGAUGCAGCAGAUCCUGUACUUUGAAACAGCGCUCGCCAACAUCACAGUACCGCAGGACGAACGUCGAGAUGAGGAGAAGAUCUACCACAAGAUCACCAUCGCCGAGCUGCAGCUGCUGGCUCCAGCGGUGGACUGGCUGGACUACCUGUCCUCGGCCCUGUCCCCUCUGGACCUGAACGAUACAGAGCCAGUGGUGCUAUAUGCCAAGGAGUACUUGCAACAGGUGUCUGACCUGAUCAACAAGACCGAGCGCAGCCUGCUCAACAACUACAUGAUCUGGAACCUGGUGCAGAAGGGUGCGUCCAGUCUGGACCAGCGCUUUGAGAACGCCCAGGACAAGCUGCUUGAGAGCCUGUAUGGAACCAAGAAGUCCUGCACACCUCGAUGGCAGACCUGCAUUGGGAACACAGAUGACACGCUCGGCUUUGCCCUGGGUGCACUCUUUGUCAAAGCAACGUUUGAUAAACACAGCAAAGAGAUUCUUCCGGGUAUGCUGGAAAAGGACCCGAGCUAAGGGAAUUGGGUUGGCUUUAUAGU